CAAGUCGCCAAUGAUGUCUUCUUGUCCAUUGUUCAAAUAUGGCGGCUUUACUUCAAAUAUCGCUGCGGAGGCUGCAGAGUGCAGCGCACGAGCCGGCCGAAGAGGUUAUGAGCCGGCAUUGCCAGUGCUUGCGUUGCCGAGGAUGGUGGGAUUUACGAAUUUUAGGUUACUGAGACGUCGCAGAUCGGUGUUCUCGACGUGUAAAGAUCUGUGCGAGAAUGGAAAUGUGUGUUACGUCAAAUUCAGCAGUGCGAGUCACGGGAACGCCGGCACGGAGAGUGUCACGUUGUCCGAUGGCAAGCGUCUGGAGUUCUCCACGGGCAAAUACGCACGUUUCGCCGACGGCUGCGCGGUCGCGUCUCUGGGAGACACCUCCGUCAUGGUCACCGCGGUCUGCCAGCGACAGUCGUCCACCGCUCCUUCGUUCCUACCCCUCGUCGUGGACUAUCGGCAGAAGGCGGCGGCGGCCGGUCGCAUACCGACCAACUUCCUGCGAAGGGAGCUCGGGCCGAGCGAGCGUGAGAUUCUCACGAGCAGGGUCAUCGAUCGAUCCGUGAGGCCACUGUUUCCGGAGGGGUUCAACCUCAGCACUCAGAUAAUGUGCAACAUGCUGGCCAUCGACGGCUCGAACGACCCGGACGUGAUCGCGAUCAACGGCGCCUCCGCGGCGCUCAGCGUCUCCGACAUCCCGUGGAACGGCCCCGUGGGCGCCGUCAGACUCGGGAUGAUCGACAACGAGAUAAUAAUCAACCCCACCAGACGUCAGAUUCAGGACAGCGCGUUGAACCUCGUCAUCACCGCGGCCAAGCAGAAUCGGGUCGUCAUGUUGGAGGGCUCGGCCAACGAGAUACUGGAGGACCAGUUGAGGAAGGCGAUAAAAGUCGGGACGAAAGAGUGCCAGGCCAUUGUGGCGGCGAUAACGAAUUUGCAGAAGACGUGCGGUAAAACGAAGAGAGAAGUCGAGACCGCGGAGCAGCAGCCGGACGACAGUCUGACGGGCUCCGUGAGGGAGCUCUCGGAGGCGAGACUGCGGGACGUAUUUUCAAAUUAUACGCACGACAAGAUUUCGCGAGAUAACGCAGUUAACGAGCUUAGAAGUAGCGUUAUUGAAACGUUGCGAAACGACAAUGCGGACUUGGAUGUUAAAUCGGUGGAAAAGAUCUUUAGAAAGAUCGUCAAAGAUGUGUUCAGGACGUCGAUUUUAGAGGGGGAUGUCAGAUGCGAUGGUCGUCCGUUGAAUGGUCUGCGCGACAUAUCGUGUCAGGUAGAUCUCUUUAAUCCUCUUCAUGGUUCAGCUGUAUUUCAAAGGGGCCAGACCCAGGUCAUGUGCACCGUGACUUUGGACUCUUUGGAAAGUGCGCUUAAAAUGGACACCGUUUCAAUGCUAAUUAGUGGCACGAAGGAGAAGAACUUCUUUCUCCAUUACGAAUUUCCACCUUACGCGACUAAUGAAACGGGAUCCGCGAGUCGAGCCGGUCGCCGAGAGUUGGGACAUGGCGCUUUGGCGGAGAAAGCCCUGCGGCCGGUUCUUCCAAAGGAUUAUCCCUUCACUGUAAGACUGACUAGUGAAGUCCUAGAAUCGAACGGUUCCUCCUCAAUGGCCACCGUCUGCGGUGGAAGUUUGGCACUGCUCGACGCAGGUAUACCAAUAUCUUCGGCGGCAGCGGGUGUGGCUAUCGGUCUUGUGACUAAAUAUGACGCCAGCAGCACGAAUAUUGAGGAGUACAAAAUAUUGACCGACAUAUUGGGAAUUGAGGAUUACUUCGGGGAUAUGGAUUUCAAAAUAGCAGGCACCAAGCGAGGAUUCACCGCGUUGCAGGCUGAUAUAAAGAUACCAGGAGUGCCAUUAAAAAUCGUAAUGGAGUGUCUACAGCAAGCAACGAGGGCUAAAUUAGAGAUAAUUAAGAUUAUGAAUCAAGUGAUACGAGCACCGCGAUCACCUAGGAAAGACAAAAUGCCAGUGGUCGAUAACUUGGAAGUUCCUAUUCAUCAGAGAGGAAAGUUUCUCGGGAUCGGUGGGAUGAAUCUGAAGAAGAUAUUUCUGGAAACCGGAGUGCACAUAUAUCCGCACGACGAAAAGACCUACUCGAUAUUUGCGCCGAACGAAGACGCCAUGACUGAGGCCAAGGAAAUGAUAGAGGCCAUUUUGAAGAAGGAUCGCGAGCCGACCUUGGAGUUCGGUGCGAUUUAUACUGCGAGGAUAGUGGAGAUUCGGGAAACCGGAGUCAUGGUGACAUUAUAUUCCAACAUGAUACCGGCGUUAUUACCCAUCUCCCAAUUAGAUCAGCGUAGGAUCCUUCACCCGAGCGCGCUGGGAUUUGAGGUCGGUCACGAGAUACAGGUCAAAUAUUUCGGACGCGAUCCAGUGUCCGGACAGAUGAGGAUAUCGCGAAAGGUGCUGCAAACACCGACCUCGAUUCCGAAAACUUUGCAUCGUGACGACGCAGGGAAAACGAAGAAUUAUUAUUUUGUAAAACAAUCAUCGAUUUCAACCAAGAUGAAAUCUAUAUUUCUGCUUGUAUUAAUGCUGACAAUAGCAUCUGGUGAUAAUAAUUAUCAACAAAAUUUUAAACAUAUCUCAAUAUAUGCAAAAGAACAUGAAGAAAAACACGACAUAAGCGUUACUAAUCAAAAAGAAAACAAAUGUGAUUCUGUUGAAUUUCUUAACUUGGCCAAUAUGAAUUUACAAAUUGUCAAGAACGACAUUAUUCGUAGUGACACAAUACGGCAUGUAUCACUGCAUAACAACUUCUUGAAGAAGAUACCCCACAAUAUUUUGGAUCACGUACCAUAUUUAUCUUGUUUCAACUUGUCGCGUAAUAGCAUCAAUCUGUACAAGGAUAAUCAAAUCCGACAUCAUUAUCUUCGAAUAUUAGAUUUAAGUUAUCAAGAGAUGUCCGCAGACGUCAACAGCAUAUCGGAAGUGGAAACUUUCGAGGAAGAAGAUAUAUAUAAAUAUAAAUACAUAAUUUUUAACAGCAGUAAAAUGAGUUUACCGAAUCUGGAAUAUCUGGAUUUAAGUGGAAAUGAAAUAUCCACUUUUUUAUGGGAUUUUAAUGUAUCUUUCCCGAAGUUAACGCGUUUAGAUUUAAUUAACAUCAAAGCCGACGCAAUGGAUCCGUAUUUUUUCGAUAAAAUUCCGACAUCAUUACGCGUUCUCCAUUUGGAGAAUAAUUAUUUCCAUAAUUUGAGUUUACAAAACACGGGGGAAAUUACCGCUUUACAUUUGGAUGGAAAUCCUCUCGGAAAACUCGAUAUAAGUUCUACGAAAUUGCAACUGUUAGGUUUAUCCAAUUGCACUCAUCUAAAUUCAGGAGUUUUCAAUACUCCAUAUUUAAAGUACCUGGAUUUAUCAAGGAACAAUUUCGAUAAUGCGUUUAACGUUCGUUUUGACGUCAUUCAAUCAUUACGAGUGCUUUUAUUAGAUUAUAAUGAAUUUUCAUACGUUCCUGUUCUGGGUAAUUUGCAGUGGCUGAAUGAAUUGUCGUUGCGUUACAAUACGAUUAGAUACAUUAAACCAAACAGCUUUAAGAAUUUAAAAUCCUUGAUAAAGCUGUCAAUUAAAGGAAAUAGAAUAGACCGUAUUGAACAGGAUAGCUUUUCAAAUUUGGAGAAACUGGAAUAUCUGGAUUUGUCGGAAAAUCAAUUGAGUCAUUUAUCCACAGAUUGGGCAUUGCCGUUAAUAAAACUUGAAAGUUUAAAUGUUAAUUCGAAUUACUUUGCAGGCAUUACUGAUAUGGGAAUAUAUUCCAUACAUUCGCUAAAACAUUUACUUGUAAAAAAUAAUAGUUUUACUAAAAUAACGACGCUCGAAAUAGAGCCGUUACCAGAUUACAUAACUAUAUAUUUAGCUUAAGAUAAUUCAGUUCAUAAUUUUCGACAAUAUGAUUUACUACUAUUACGACUAUUAUUAUUUUAUUAUUAUUAUAUUUUGACUGUUAAUAACUUUAAUCGGAUUAAUAGUCAAAAUAUAUAAUAAUCUAAUAACUCGGUAUUUUCGAGUCUAGUGGACCUGGACACUUUUUUCAAUUACGUGUCAAAUCCAGAUAGCGUUGUGAAAAAUUGUUUACAACAAAUGUUUUUCACAACUUUACAUAAUUUUAAAUUAAUUUUAUUCCUCGGAUUUUUACUUCCAAAAUGAAAAGAAGGAAUUGCUCGAUUGCGUUAAUUUUAAACAGAGAUCCAUUAAUUUAAAGUUUUGCCGGACUCGCGAUUAUCAAUUAAGAAAAUUUCGAAUCGAAUAUCGAUUAAGCGGUACAUAUGUUUAG